AUGCGAAGCAAAUUGCAGAGGCUCUGCCUCGCAUCGCUGAUAGCUCUUGCCCAAGCAGUCUCAGCUGCGCAUAUAUUCAGGCCCCUCGGCACACCGGACGAACGCGUUCUGGGGCCAAGAGUCGGAUUGAAAGUAGGUAACGUGCUUAGUCGAGGUCUCAUACGGCGGUUUGAAGCUUCGCCUCCCGCAAGGUCAGACUUGCACUUGCCCGAUGGUAUCUUCACCUCUGCGGAUCCCCUCGCGGCCUUACGCACAUACUGGCACGAUUUCUUGUGAGUCUCUGAUCUUACCCAGCACGUACUCUUCGCGUUGGUACUGACAAUCCUCUUUGUGCCUUGCUUUGGUAGUGUCUGGCAAUUUCCUCGACAUUACUUCAUUCAGCUGUACGUCAUUACUGGCGUGAUCGGAGUCAUCGCUGUUCUAGGAGCUAUGGUGCUGGGCAGAAGGUUGUACACCAAGCAGCUAUGGAUCAUCAGGAUUCAACAGACCGUCGGAGGUUGCAGAAUUCUCGUUCCGCACACCAUUCUUGCUUUCACGUUGGUCGCCUGCGUGUUCAUCGGCGUGUGGCUUGCCUUCACUUGGGUGAGUGAGAUCGCACGAUGCGCUCGUCUUGCCCGCCAAUGUGAAUUCACACGGCUUUCACCUCGCCACGACACAGCUUCUCAUCGGUGUUCAUCAUUGGGGAGUCACCCCAACGGUAGCAGGAUGGAUGAUCCUUUUGCCGUGGCUGCCUUUAUGGAUCGCAGCCUGGCUAGGAGCCUGGGGCACUUUGUAUGCUUCACCAGGCUGGCAAUCGAUGCGGUGCCAUGCAACCUCUUGGGCCGACGCACGCAAGUGGAUUCCGAAUCCUUUCAUGUGCAAUCUCAUCCUCGUCGGCACUCCCUUGCUGCUGGUGGGCUGCACCGUCGGCAUCACUGUACCUUUUGGACUCAGAUGGGACAAAGCGGUGCACAUGUGGCAGAUUUGGGAUGGGCAGCAAGCUAACGCAAGCGGCAGCAUAACACCAGAAGUGCUGUCUCAAGCGUAUGAUAUUUGGGAAGAAGCCGAGAACGCCAUUUGGUGGUUGGGAUUGGGGUUCUUGGUCUGGUGCUUCUGGGCCUACGGAUUUGGUCUGUUCUACUUUUUCGUCGGUUUUGAGCUUCAAAGAACUAUCCGCAAGCAAAUCAGGGAACAGCUGGCUCUGGGAGAACUUGCCAGAAAGGAAGGAGUCACUCCUCUCAAUAGGCCAGUGUGGACGGAUGCGGAAGGCGAUGCUCGCUCCGAGCACUGUCAGACGCCCGCCGAGGAAGCUGCGCUUGCCGAGAGCGGCGUCGUGGAUACUGCCGCUCCCUGCAAGCUCCAAAAAGAUGACGAGGAAGCCCAUUUUGAGGCGAACUCUCCAAUCAGCUCGUCCACGCCAGCUCCGCAAGCUGUUGAGAAGGGCAAUAUGCGCAAAGGAAAGGAAGCGGAGACGCACGCUGCAAUGAUCGAGCGUGCGCGUCAAGCCCAGACUUACCUCGACGAAGAAGCAGAGCUUCAAGCGCGCUCCACGUUCUGGCCACCUGUGCGCAUGGACGGCAAUGUUGGCGCACCGCGAACACAUCGGUCGCGAGUCAAGCUACUGAAUGAAGCUCUGCGCAAUCUGUUGACCAUCUGGUCCAGCAUCCUCAUCGCCAUCUUCCUCUACGCUGUAGCUGUGUCAUACUGCGCUUCAGUGGCUAUCGAGUGGACAGCAAGAUCGGACGCCCCUCAAGCGAUUGUGCGCGUCUAUUCUGGCAUCAACCUGGCUACGGGUUGGCUAAAUUGCGUAUGCGGUGGCUUGGUUCUCGUCAUCAUCUGGCUCAACGCUUUCGAACCGAUCUUUUCUGGUUUACGGAGCGGAAAUAGCACAAAUGGCACCGUCGGCAUGACCACGACUGAACGAGGAGCUCAAGGGAUAGCGUCGAGAAGAUACACGAGCAAUGGCGCCGCAACUGGCAGUCGGAGAGCAUCCAAGCCUUCGUCGUCGCUAGGAGCCUUUGCCUUGGGCAGAAGACGACAUAACGCAGCAGACUCGGACACUGAAAUUGGAAUGACGAGCACCAACUGGGCUUCGCAAUCAGCUUCUCGAAUCCGCUUCAGUGGCGCAGGGGCGCCCAACGAGAUGGCGACGACACACCUGAUUCCAGACCCUCAUCACCGCCAAGACAACAUCCCCGAAGACGAAGACGAAGGAGCUUCAUUCUCUCCCGACGUCGCCUUUCCGGGGGGCGAUGCAUCUCGCGAAGACUUUGGAGGAGCUUCAUUCAUAUCCAAUGCCGAGGCUUCUCGGUCAAAUUCGAUGGCAAAGACUCAACGAAGCGCUUCCACAUUUCACUUUGAUGAUGACGGCGAGAAGGGACUUGCAAUGUAG